AUGGCAGUGCCCCGAGAGGCCGCCCGAGUCCGAGACAAGCCAGGCCACGGUGGGGUGCAUCCAGCCCCCGCCGCGGGCCGGGACUACCCCGCUCGCCCCGGCGCCGCACCGCCGCGGGACUCCGGCAGCCGCGGCCGCUGGAGAGACCUGGUGCUGCAGCCGCUCCGGCGCUCCCGGAAACUUUCCUCAGCGCUGUGCGCCGGCUCUCUGUCCUUUCUGCUGGCCCUGCUGGUGAGGCUGGUGCGCGGGGAGAUCGGCCGGGACCCGGAGCAGAGUAAGGAGGUGGCGGCUGCGGCGGCGGAGGAAGCGGCCCUGGGAGCAGAAGGGGGCGUCUUCCCCGGGCUUCGGGGAGGUGCUCCCGGGGGCGGCGCGCCGCUCAGCCCCUGGCUGCAGCCCUCGGCGCUGCUCUUCAGUCUCCUGUGUGCCUUCUUCUGGAUGGGCUUGUACCUCCUGCGCGCCGGGGUGCGACUGCCUCUGGCCGUCUCACUGCUGGCAGCCUGCUGCGGGGGGGAAGCGCUCGUCCAGAUUGGGCUGGGCGUCGGGGAGGAUCACUUACUCUCGCUCCCGGCCGCGGGGGUGGUGCUCAGCUGCUUGGCCGCCGCGACAUGGCUGGUGCUGAGGCUGAGGCUGGGCGUCCUCAUGAUCGCCUUGACUAGCGCGGUCAGGACCGUGUCCCUCAUUUCCUUAGAGAGGUUCAAGGUCGCCUGGAGACCUUACCUGGCGUACUUGGCCGGCGUGCUGGGGCUCCUCCUGGCCAGGUACGUGGAGCAAAUCUUGCCGCAGCCCGCGGGGGCGGCUCCGAGGGAGCAUUUCGGGUCCCAGCUGAUUGCUGGGACCAGGGAAGAUAUCCCAGUAUUUAAGAGGAGGAGGCGGUCCAGUUCCGUGGUGUCCGCCGAGAUGUCCGGCUGCAGCAGCAAGUCUCAUCGGAGGACCUCCCUGCCCUGCAUACCGAGGGAACAGCUCAUGGGGCAUUCAGAAUGGGACCACAAGCGAGGGCCAAGAGGAUCACAGUCUUCAGGAACCAGUAUUACUGUGGAUAUUGCCGUGAUGGGUGAAGCUCAUGGUCUCAUUACCGACCUCCUGGCAGACCCUUCUCUGCCCCCCAACGUGUGCACAUCCUUGAGGGCCGUGAGCAACCUGCUUAGCACCCAGCUCACCUUCCAGGCUAUUCACAAGCCCCGCGUGAAUCCUGUUAUUUCCUUCAGUGAAAACUACACCUGUUCUGAUUCUGAAGAAAGCUCUGAAAAAGACAAGCUGGCUAUUCCCAAGCGUCUGAGAAGGAGUUUGCCUCCUGGUUUGUUGAGACGUGUUUCAUCAACUUGGACAACCACCACCUCAGCCACAGGCCUACCCACUUUGGAGCCUGCCCCAGUCCGGAGGGACCGUAGUGCCAGCAUCAAACUGCAUGAAGCAUCUUCAUCAAGUGCUGUUUGUCCUGAUUCUUGGAAUAACCCAGUGAUGAUGACCCUCACCAAAAGCAGAUCCUUCACUUCGUCCUAUGCUGUUUCUGCAGCUAACCAUGUAAACUCAAAAAAGCCAAAUCGACCAGGUGCCCUAGCUAAAAUUUCACCUCUUUCGUCGCCCUGUUCCUCACCUCCCCAAGGGACCCCCGCCAGCAGCCCAGUCAGCAAAAUUUCUGCAGUGCAGUUUCCAGAAUCUGCCAACACAGCUGCCAAACAGGGCCUAAGUUCUCACAGGGCAUUAACUUAUACUCAGAGUGCCCCUGACCUAUCUCCUCAGAUCCUCCCUCCACCUGUUAUAUGUAGCAGCUGUGGCAGGCCAUAUCCCCAAGGGACCCCUGCUGCUGUGCCCCUGGAGAGAAGCAGUGCCACCAUUCGGACACCAAGCAGAACGGAUGACACUACUCAAGUUACCUCUGAUUAUGAAACCAAUAACAACAGCGAUAGCAGUGAUAUUGUACAGAAUGAAGAUGAGACUGAGUGCCCGAGAGAGCCUCUAAGGAAAGCUUCGGCUUGUGGCACCUACACGUCUGAGACCAUGAUAUUCCUGGACAAACCAGUUCUUGCUCCUGAACCUCUUGUCAUGGAUAACUUGGACUCAAUUAUGGAGCAGCUAAAUACUUGGAAUUUUCCAAUUUUUGAUUUGGUGGAAAAAAUAGGAAGAAAAUGUGGCCGUAUUCUUAGCCAGGUAUCAUACAGACUUUUUGAAGACAUGGGCCUCUUUGAAGCUUUCAAAAUUCCAGUUAGGGAAUUUAUGAAUUAUUUUCAUGCUUUGGAGAUCGGAUACAGGGAAAUUCCUUAUCAUAACAGAAUCCAUGCCACUGACGUCUUACAUGCUGUUUGGUAUCUUACUACACAACCUAUUCCAGGCCACUCAACUGUGAUUAAUGAUCACGGAUCAGCAAGUGAUUCAGAUUCUGACAGUGGGUUUACACAUGGACAUAUGGGAUAUGUAUUCUCAAAAAUGUAUAAUGUGCCUGAUGAUAAAUACGGAUGUCUCUCUGGAAAUAUCCCUGCCUUAGAGUUAAUGGCCCUGUAUGUAGCUGCAGCCAUGCAUGAUUAUGAUCACCCAGGAAGGACUAAUGCUUUCCUGGUUGCAACUAGUGCUCCUCAGGCGGUGCUCUAUAAUGAUCGUUCAGUUUUGGAGAACCAUCAUGCAGCUGCUGCAUGGAAUCUUUUCAUGUCCCGGCCAGAGUACAACUUCUUAGUUAAUCUUGACCAUGUGGAAUUUAAGCAUUUUCGUUUCCUCGUCAUUGAAGCAAUUUUGGCCACUGACCUGAAGAAACACUUUGAUUUCGUAGCCAAAUUUAAUGCCAAGGUUAAUGAUGAUGUUGGAAUAGAUUGGACCAAUGAAAAUGAUCGUCUACUGGUUUGUCAAAUGUGUAUAAAGUUGGCUGAUAUCAAUGGGCCAGCUAAAUGUAAAGAGCUCCAUCUCCAGUGGACAGAGGGUAUUGUCAACGAAUUUUAUGAACAGGGUGAUGAAGAGGCCAGCCUUGGGUUACCAAUAAGCCCCUUCAUGGACCGUUCUGCUCCUCAGUUGGCCAAUCUUCAGGAAUCCUUCAUCUCUCACAUUGUGGGUCCUCUGUGCAACUCCUAUGAUUCAGCAGGACUAAUGCCAGGGAAAUGGGUGGAAGACAGUGAUGAGUCAGGAGAUACUGAUGACCCAGAAGAAGAGGAGGAGGAGGAAGAAGCACCAAAUGAAGAGGAAACCUGUGAAAAUAAUGAAGCUCCAAGAAAGAAAACUUUCAAAAGGAGGAAAAUCUACUGCCAAAUAACUCAACACCUCCUGCAGAACCACAAGAUGUGGAAGAAAGUCAUUGAAGAGGAACAGCGGUUGGCGGGCAUAGAGAGUCAAUCCCUGGACCAGUCACCCCAACAGCAUUCCUCAGAACAGAUCCAGGCCAUCAGGGAAGAAGAGGAAGAGAAAGGGAAGCCAAGAGGAGAGGAGAUCCCAACCCUGAAGCAAAACCAGUGA